UUUAAAAGUGAAAUAAAUUUAUAGUUAUACUUACCUUUAUCACAAUUUAUUUAAUAUUUUUAAAAUUGACAACUAGGUACCUGAAUUAAAUUCAGAGUUAAAAUUGACAUUUUUUUUGGCAGGCAUGUCUUGAGAGUACAAAUUGAUUUUUUUAAUAAAAUAAUUAUUUGUUUUUAGUUUUUUUUAGGAAUUACAAAUAAUGUGUAACGUAGACACUUUCUAUGCAAAAUACAGAAUAUUGGAUAAAAUUGGUGAAGGAUCUUUUUCUGAUGUUCUCAGAUGCCAACACAAGUCUACGGGGUUGUUGUAUGCUGCAAAAAGGUUAAAGAAACAUUACAAAUCAGAAUCAUCAGUAUUAACAUGCGCGGAAGUGGUUGCUGCUCAGAAGAUACCCUUUCACGUAAACAUAUUGAACAUGUUUGAGUACCAUUACGACUCAUUUUCAGGUCAGGUAACCUUCGUUUUUGAACUGAUGGAUAUGAGUUUAUAUGAUCAUUUGAAGGCUAGGAAAAAAGCCAGUACAAAUCCAAGGGGUUUGAUUGAGACCAAAGCUAAGGAAUAUUUGUAUCAGUUACUGAGAGGAUUGGAACAUUUACACAGAAACGGUUUAUUCCAUCGCGAUGUGAAACCUGAGAAUAUCUUGAUCAAAUUCCCCUCUACUGAAUCAACACGAUUGUAUCGUAUGAAAAAAUAUGAAAUAAUAAAAUUAGCGGAUCUGGGUUCAGUAAGAGGUAUAUACAGUGUACCUCCAUAUACCGAGUAUAUCUCGACCAGAUGGUAUAGAUCUCCAGAAUGUUUGCUGACCAACGGAAAUUACGGACCUAAAAUGGACGUGUGGGCUGUGGGCUGCGUGUUCUACGAAAUGAUUACUUUAUUGCCGUUGUUUCCUGGAAGUAACGAAAUAGACCAGCUCUCGAAAAUCCAUCAAAUUGUAGGAUCGCCACCUAUACAAUUUUUGAGUAAAUUAAAAUCAAGGUCUAGAAACUGUAUAGUAUUCCCCAAGGAAAGAGGUACUGGUGUUCACCCCUUAUUACCUCACAUCACUCGACAGGGUAGAUGUAUUUUAGAACUGAUGAUCGAGUACGAUCACGAUAAAAGAAUAAAUGUCAAGCGGCUGUUGAACAACUGCUAUUUCGACGAUAUACGGUAUAAAUUUGAACCAACUAUGGAAGGCAAUUAUAAACAAUACCGUAAAUCGAAAGAUUUUAACAAACAAAAUGUAAAUCUCAACAACAUUGGAGUUAUAAAUUCCACCUAUCUCAAAAACAAACUGAGUAAAGAAAGGACCAGUGGUAGCGCUAAAAGCGACAGCAAAAGCAGCAUCAAGUCUUCAAAGUCUCAAACGCCCUCUAUAGAAAUACCGUAUUACCCCGCGAAACGGAAAAGCGAGAUAAACAAAAAGAUCUCGUCUUUGCCUCUGAUCGAUUACAAGAUAUCGAAGAUUGUAGAGGACCAUCGAAGGAGCAACACGUCGGAAACUGAUAAGAGUGACAGGUCGAAGAAGAGCAGCUUAAAGAGGAGCGUUGAACUCAUACUCAAAUCGUCAAGGAACUCUGAUUCGACGAAUACGCCCAACUCCAAAUCGAAAACCGAUCGAUACCAGUUCCAUUCCCGUUCGCAGGUGAUUCCCAAGAAGAAAGUGUCGCGAACGGUGCACAUAUCGUCCAUAAACGAUAUCGACUUUGCCAACAAACAUAAUCUACGUAAAUAAAACUGACUCGACGAUA